ACACGAGGAACCGCAAAUACAAGAGAAGGGGAAAAAAAGGCUACAGUACUACUACUACCACCAGAGGAGCGAUGAGCUACUACGGGCAGCAGCCGCCCGUCGGCGCGCCGCCGCCGCAAGGGUACCCGGGGAAGGACGCGUACCCGCCGCCGGGCUACCCGCCGGCCGGCUACCCGCCGCCGGCGCAGGGGUACCCUCCUCCGCAGGGGUACCCGCCGCAGGGCUACCCGCAGCAGGGGUACCCGCCGCAGUACGCCCAGCCGCCGCCGCAGCAGCAGCACAGCAGCGGCCCUUCCUUCAUGGAGGGAUGCUUGGCUGCCCUUUGCUGCUGCUGCCUGUUGGAGGCUUGCUUCUGAUGAAGACGACCCUGGGGUUGAUAUGGAGUUACUGUUCGUUCCUUUCAAGAGAAAAAUAUGGAACCGUCUUGGGACUGGCGUGUCCUGUUAAUUCCCUGCUUUGUUUUAUAAGAUUAUUUAGUAGAAUUUUUCUACAGUUACACCCCGUCCUCUUAUCUUGCAACAAGGUUAUCACCAUUUGUGUUUGUACUGCCUGUUCAGAUGACAAGUGUAUACUUUUAGCGAAAUCAUUGUGUUGGAUGAAAUCAAUGAAUUAGUUGAUCUAGCUUAGUGUAAUCUCUGUCCCGUACUACUGAAUACAAAUCGAGCCACAUCAUUUACAGAUUUA